AUGUCAUCAGCCAUGUCUGGGGAGACGUGGCCGAAGCUCACGACCAUCUGUGGGCCAACAAGUGCGUCCAGAACCUGUGAUAGAGAAGACUUUGUGGAAAAUGUGGCUGGCUUCAUAAAUGAGGUUGUACCACAAACCUACAGCAAUCCUUCUCAUUAUGAGGGAAAAGAAACUAUCAGUUGGGUGCGAUUUGAUCAUUGUGAUAUCAAUGACUUGGCACAGUUUCGGGAUAAGAUAGAAGUUAACGGAAAUUCUCCUCCUCUCCUCCUGAUUGUUGGUUAUGCAUGUGGUGUACAGGUAUGGGUGAUUCCUGUGAAUGGAGAGGCAGUGGAGGUUUUAUCUUGGAGGCAGGGUGCUGUACGGACCCUUAAAGUUCUUCCCUCUCCUACUACAUCAUCGAGUGCUGUAGAUAUUUAUUCUCUUAAAAGACCUAUCAUCGCUCUCUGUGACUCGGCUGGUCCUGGCCCUCAGUUUUGUUCAGUGACAUUCAUCUCCCUCAAGACCGGUGAACAGGUAUAUGAUCUUUUGGAAUUGAUUUUAUUGCAAAUGUUUCUGAGUUGUGUUAUUGACUGUCGUGAUCGAUAUUUAGAGCAUUUAGUAAUUUUCAGCUUUAUUGAUUAAAUGAUAAUUGUGAUU